GGUGUAGGCGCGCUCACUUCACCCGAACAUCUACGACGUCAUGAGCUGUUGUUAUGUGUGCUGUCCAUCCCAACCACUUGUAUACGUGCGUUCAUGCGUUUUUUGCACGCAAGCACACCGCUGACCAGGUGGUGCCCCGACGCAGCCUACAUUCUGUUCACUAGUUCACCAGCGUUUCCUCGCUCUCUCACGGCAGUUUGGACGUGUACAAUACCAUCACAUCACACUUCGGACUGUUCUCACUCCAUCUCGCGGGAGCCCGUGUCGCCCAUUUGCCAUACCGUCGUAGGGUUGACUUACCAGCGUCGAGCUUGCUUUGCUGUGCUUCCGUAUAGCCUCCGUUGCUGCCAUCUAUUUUCCGGGCCUCUUGCGUGACUGGUCACUUGGAAUAGGUUGAGCUGGCCGUCUCGUCCUUUGGGUGGAUCAAUGGUCUAUGUAGUUCUAUGUACGUAGGUAUAGAAUGGAACAUGCACAUCGACGUUAUCUGUUGUUACUAUACCCUCAGCACUGCUGGUCGUUCGCAUUGCGGGUAUGAAUACACAAUCUCGCUGGCGGUCGUCCACAGAAUGUACAAAUGUACAGCUCUACGUACACACACGCGAUGGACCGCGCAAGAGGAAAGACACAUGCAAAAAGCAAAUCAUUCC